AUGGCUCCUCCAAAGGACGGACCUCCUGCCAUACCUCUCGGUGGCCAGAGAGAUGGCAGAGGCGGAGACGUAGGCAUUCCACCUCCUACAACUUUACAUAACUAUGCAUACUACGCAUACUACGCAUACCACGCAUACUGCGCAUACUACACACACUACGCAUACUACGCAUACUACGCAUACUACGCAUACUACGCAUACUACGCAUACUACGCAUACUGCGCAUACUACACACACUACGCAUACUACGCAUACUAUGCAUACUAUGCAUACUACGCAUACUACGCAUACUACGCCGCCUAUAUCACGCACCCACCCAACAGCUGUAUCCACCCGUAUACCGCAGCCCCCACAUAUAUCGCAGCCUAUACAGCACUACCCCCACAUACAUCAUUCAAUUCAAGGACCAACGCCUUGACGAAGGGCACGCGUGCGAAACGACAGCACGCGUGCCCUCACGCUAAUCCUAAACCAGCUCACUACUCCGGAAUCAACUCGACCCGCGCCUAGGAGGACGACUGCAAAACCCGGACAGAUUUAGGAAGACGCAUCACGAUGGCUUAUUCCGUGGUGGACUUGAUAGAUCUACCACGUGUCCCCAAUAGCUAUACAACAACGAGAAGAGCGCUCAGCGCUAUACACCGCAGAGGACGGUGUUUUCAUCCGAACGCUGCAUGGCAGCAAACGGUUUCUCCUUGUAAACUAGCCUAGAUAGAACAGCUGCAUGGACCCUAACGGGAG